AUGGCUGCAUCAUCAUCAGAUGAGACUAAUCAAAGGUCCGUACUGUUUGUUCGGAUGGUUCAUUUGGGAAUCAAAGUUGAAGUGACAAUGACGGUGAUGGCAUUUUGGAUGUGGCUAGAGACACAAGGGUUUCAAGAAAUUAUAAGAAAGAUCUCACUUCAAGAUGAUAAUUUCUUGACUCAACUUUUGAAAGAAGCCGAGGAUAUUCUUUCAUUUCUGAAACAAUUGUCAACAACUCCUAUAUCAUCAGAUUUGAUACGUUUCACUCCAAAGUUAGCCCAACAAUAUUUCUUGUCUCUCAAUGCCAUCCUUGCUGAUAAAGAAAAGGCCUUAGAGGGUAUCACAGAGAUCUAUAAUGGAGUCUGUUGUGUGGUCUUUAAGGAUAUUUUAGAAAGAAUGGGAAAGGAAAUUGCCGAGGGAAAUGUUAGUCCCCUGGAAGAAGUUAAGAAAUUGGGUUCCGAGGAUAAUGGGGCCGGAGCAAAACCAACUGCACCAUAUGUUGGAUUCAAGCUGAACCCUUCAGCCAAGGAGUGGCAUCCUGUGACAGAGAGAACAGCUGAGGAAAAUAGAUGCUUAUUCUUGACUUUCUCAAAUGGAUCCCCUCUCACUGACAGUCAAAUCUCCAGGUUUUUUACGCUGAAUUAUGGGUCAUGUGUGGAAAGGGUGUACGUGCAUGGGGCACAGCCGAAGUAUCAAAAGGUGCCACCGCUGUUCGGGAAGGUAGUUUUCACUGCGUCUUAUAUACCAGCCAUUAUCUUGAAUGGCCGAACUGAAGCCAAGUUUUGGGUCGAUUCUAAACCUCUUUGGUGCAAGAGGUUCGAGCCUAAAAAGAAGAGUGGGAGCAGAUGA